AUGCGCUCCAUACUCUAUGCCCUAUUGUCGCUGGCGACGGUAGCCUCCACUCUCGCUGCAGAAGCACCAAACACCAAUGAUGCCGGCAAGGAUGACGGCUGGGACGAAAAGGGCGCAGACACUACCUUCAAUGGCGAGAAGGUGCCGCCCAUGAUCGAGUUGACACCAACCACGAUGGGGCCGGAGACCAAGAAGGGCAACUGGAUAGUCGAGUUCUUCUCGCCCUAUUGCGGCCAUUGCAUGCACUUCAAGCCCAUUUACCAGACCGCGUACGAGUUCUACUACACCUCGAAACCCUUUCUAUCCUCUGACGAUGCCGACGGCGAUUCUCUAAACACUUUUACACGAUACUACGACUUCAAGUUUGCCAAGGUUGAUUGCGUCGCCUACGCUGAUCUCUGCAAGGACCGCAAAAUUGAAAGCUACCCGACUUUGAUGUUCAUCCAGGAUGGCGAAGAAAAGCAGAAGCUUCGAGGUUCCAAGGAAUUGAAGGACUUUAGCGAUUGGGUAGAAGAACUUUUGGAAUCCAUCAGGCCUGGCACCCGAAAGGAGGGCGGUCCUAAGCUACCAAAGGUUGGCGCUACCUCUGUAGAGACUGGCCCCGAUCCCAAGGAGGCUGACGGUGGAGACAAGAAAGAGAAGGAGAAGGAGAAGGAAAAGGUCGACGACAAGAAACCCGGAGCGGCCAAAGCGAGUCCCAGCACAAGCGCAGCGCUCAAAGCAACUCCCAUAAAGGAGACCAAGCCAUCUCCCACACCAGCCAAACCUGCCUCAACUGCAAACCCCUCUGGUACCGUCACAAUUCUUACCGCAGACAACUUUGACAAGCAUGUCGUCAGCACACUGGAACCCUGGUUUAUCAAAUUUUAUGCACCAUGGUGUCACCACUGCCAGGCUCUCGCGCCAACCUGGGCGAAUCUUGCGCGUCAGAUGAAGGGAAAGCUCAACAUUGGAGAAGUCAACUGUGACGCUGAGAAGAAACUAUGCAAGGAGGCACAUGUUAAAGGCUACCCAACUAUGCUCUUCUUCCGCGGCGGUGAGCGUGUCGAAUAUCAUGGCCUGCGUGGGUUGGGUGAUUUGCUUGACUAUGCUGAAAAGGCGGCAGCCAUUGGUGCUGGUGUGCCAGACGUUACUGCUGAAGAGUUCAAGAAGAUGGAAGAAAAGGAGGAGGUCAUUUUUGUUUACUUUUAUGAUCACGCGACCACUUCCGAGGACUUCAAGGCGCUGGAGAGGCUCCCUCUUAGCUUGGUUGGUCAUGCUAAGCUUGUUAAGACAAGUGACAAGGCCAUGUUUGAUCGGUUCAAGAUCUCUACCUGGCCGCGGUUGAUGGUUGCAAGAGAUGGAAACCCCACGUACUACCCGCCACGGACGCCAUUUGAGAUGCGCGAUGUCAAGAAGGUCCUUAGUUGGAUGAAGACGGUCUGGCUGCCAAUUGUUCCUGAGAUGACUGCUCUCAACGCCCGCGAUAUCAUGGAUGGCAAGAUUGUCGUGUUGGGAAUACUCAACCGAGACCGUUCUGAUGAGUUUAUUCUUGCCAAGCGUGAGCUGAAGAGCGCCGCGUUGGAGUGGAUCGACAAGCAGGAAACUGCCUUUCAACUGUCCCGACAGGAGCUCCGUGAUGCCAAGCAGCUCCGUAUUGAAGAGGCAGAGGACAAGAAUGAUGAGCGUGCUCUCCAAAAUGCAAAGAACAUCCGUAUUAACAUGGAUAAGAUUGAUCGUGUUCAGGUUGGCUUCGCGUGGGUCGAUGGUAUUUUCUGGGAGCGCUGGAUCAAGACUACGUACGGUGUUGACGUCAAAGACGGCGAGAGUGUCAUCAUCAACGAUGAGGAUAAUCGCCGCUACUGGGACAGCACCAUCUCCGGCGAGCCAAUCCGUCUUUCCCGUGCCGCUAUCUUGGAAACGAUCAAAAUGGUCACCGCCAACCCUCCCAAGAUUACUCCCAAGUCUUCUACCGGCCGUUUCAUGAGCACUUAUAUAUCGGUUCGCCACUUCAUCGGCAAUCAUCCAUUCAUCUCAUUGGGUAUGUUUGUUGGUUUCUUCACGGCAGUUAUGCUGUUUGGCAAGUCGAGGCGACGAAGGCAAUUCGGAACUACUGGAUCGUACUUUCAAUUGGGCGAAAAGGACGGUCUAUUGGGCGGUCUCGGUAAUGGCAAUUUUGGGGGCGCAAAGCAUGAUUAA